CCCGGAAACAGUCACUAAAGGUCAGUCGGCAUCGCUCUUCCAACAUGGCGGUGAAUCUCACAGACCUCUCCCUGCCUCAAUUAGAGGGACUGAAAACCCAACUAGAUCAGGAGAUCGAGUUCUUGACUUCUUCAAUAGGUCAGCUCAAAGUUGUCCAGACGAAAUAUGUUGAAGCAAAAGAUAGUAUGAACGUCCUGAACAAAAACAACAAAGGGAAAGAAUUGCUCGUGCCACUUACCAGCUCUAUGUACGUCCCUGGAUCAUUAAAUGAUGUGGAAAAUGUCUUUGUGGAUGUGGGGACAGGAUACUAUGUUGAAAAGAAUGUCGAAGACUCAAAGGCUUUCUUCAAACGUAAAAUAGACUUCCUCACAAAGCAGAUAGAGAAAAUUCAGCCAGCUCUUCAGGAAAAACACGCCAUGAAACAAGCUGUGAUUGAAGUAAUGAACGUGAAGAUCCAGCAACUUCAACAGACCCAGCAGGCAUCCCAAGUAGUUGGACCCACCAAGGCUUAAUGAUCACACCUGUUUGAACUAUUCAUGAUGUGGGGGGGGGGGGGGUGUUAUGUUUGUGUGAGAAUAAAUGAAGAAAGUGCAUAAACCAUGUCACCAGUUAAUUAUAAGUAGGCUAUUGUCUUGGUUAAGAAAUCAUGUGUACUUGGUCAAUUCAAAGUCAAUUUUAUUGGGUGUCCGAUAAAUUCUGCAUAACAAAAGUGGUAAAUUCAUCAAUUCAAUUCAUUCAUAGAUCAUGUUUUUUGGUAUUGUUGUGUAUUCAUCAGUGGGGUCCACUACCAAGAACAAUUUUUUUAUGCUUCAGUGCUGGCAAAUGCCAUGGCUUGAGGCACUAUGUUUCCAGGUUGUCUUUCCAAUUCUAGUGAAUACGAUAUUGUAAGAAUGCCUUGAGGGAAUUCUCUCCAUGUAUGACACAAAUGUCCAGGUGGCUCGAGGGUGAAUUUGACUCUGAUUUGAGAGAUUUGGGACACAAGAUUAUUUGAUUCCACACUCUUUACUUCCUCUCCUUGGAUGACAACCAGGAGGGGGGGGUGGGGCUGUUAUGCUGGUAGUCCAGCUCAAGGUUAUUGGCUUUCCUAAUAUGGAGCUUCAAGAGAUGUUGUGCAACAUGUGACAAAGCACUCAGUUCUCUCUAAAAAAUAUCCCUCAGAAUAGAAAACUUAUGCAGUACCAAUUCUCAGAUUUAUGUAUGUAUUUUUUGUGUUCCUUUCCUUUACAAUUUGUAAAUUGCAUCUGCUAGGUGAUUAAGGUUAGUGGUUUCUCCACUUAUUUCAACAACAAACAAAUCUAAUAAUAAAAGACAACUUAUGUCGCA